GCGCGUCGCUUCUUGAUGACGCACAAAGGGGGGCGACGCGGCCCGCGCACAGUGGCGGCAUGUUGCAGCCGCGGCGGCCGCUGCUCGGCCUGCUCGCCCGUUGCGCGCGGGCCUCCCGCCUGGGCCCCCCGGCCGCCUCCAUCCGCUUCUCCUAACGGCGGCGAGGCGGGGCGGCGCGGCCUGCUCGGCCUGCUGGCGCGGCAGUGCGGCUGCGUGAGCGGGCAGCGGGCGCGGAGGGCGCGGAGGGCCUGGCAGCUCGGCGGCGGCGGCAGCGGAGCGGAGGGGGCGCGGCGGGGAGGAGGAGGAGGAGGCGGCGGCGGGGGGUGGGGUGAGUGGUGGUGGUGGCGGGGGGGGCCGUUCCGCGGUCGCCCCGCCCUCGCCGCCGCCGCCGGCCGCCUCAUGGCCACCUUGGCCGGGGUCUUCGUCUGGGACGGGCAGCGCAUUGAGGAGGAGGAGCUGCAGCGCUCAGCCCAGGAGAUGCAGCGCAUGCAGAACUUGGCCGCCCCCGCUGCAGGGGGGGGCUCUGGGUCAACCCCCCCUCUUGACCCCCCGGCAGAGCGGGAAGCUGCGUCAGCCCCCGGCGAGCAGCCCUGGGAGAUGGUGAUGGACAAGAAGCAAUUCAAGCUGUGGCGCCGUCCCAUCGAAGGCACACAUCUCUACCAGUACCGAGUUUUUGGCACGUACACAGAUGUGACCCCCAGGCAGUUCUUUAACGUGCAGCUGGACACCGAAUACAGGAAGAAAUGGGAUUCCUUGGUCAUCAAACUGGACGUGAUAGAGAGGGACGCAGCCACGGGAUCCGAGGUGAUCCACUGGGUCACGCACUUCCCGUACCCCAUGUACUCCAGGGAUUACGUUUACGUGCGCCGCUACCGCGUGGACGAGGAGAGCAACCUGAUGGUGUUGGUGUCACGGUGGGUCUGCAGGGGGCUGCACCCCAUCAGCUUUCGGCUGCCCCCCAAACCUCUGGGCUCCACCUGGGCGCCGUGCUGCUGUUCUCACUGCCGCCCCCAACACCCCCUCUCCCAUCUC